GGGCUGGAGGGGGUGUCACUGGGAGUGUGACGGGCUCUCCCAGGGGAGGGGCUGCCCUGGGUGUUUCCUCCUGCACCCUCCCCCAUUCGGGAAGCAGCGGAGAGAGGGCAGGUGGAUUGGAAUCCUGCCCGUGCCCCCCGCCCCCAGUUGAAGACGGAAAGUAAGGAAACGGGGAGGGUUCUAAUUCCAUGGUCAUCGUUGCUUUACGGCUCGUGUUUUGCGACAUCUAAUAUGGCUGCCCCCAUGGCACAAGUAGCCCGGGCUGCCGGCGGUGGAGGCAGAGCGCGCAUCUGUCGCGGGGAGCGGCGGUAGCAGUAGCAUCGCCCCUGCUGGGAAGUGGGGCCGGACGCUGCCCAGGCAGGGAGUAAGAGACCCGGCUCGCAGGAGUUGAGGGCCCGGGGGCCAGGCACUGCGCGGGGAGAAGGGCUGGACACAGGGGGUGGCUUCGUAUCCGGCCGCCCGUGGAGAGGAGCCUGUUGGCGGCGGCGACAGUAGUUAGGGUACAGUCGGGCACGGGGGCACUGAGGGGCUGCGGCAGGAGACCUGGGGGGCCUGGGCAGCCUUAGCGCAGCCAGGCUGGGCGCGGCGGGCGAAAGCUGCUGGGGGCGAGGCGAGGGGCGGGGCGGGGACUAUUAAGGGGCUGGGAGAAUGUGUCCCCUGCUGCUGUUGCGUUUGGGGGGCUGCUGCUCCCGGCUGCUGCUGCCGCCGCCCCCCGGGCUCUGGUCUGCUCGGGGAGGAGGAGGCGGCGGUGUGCGGUGGCGAAGGGGCCUGUUCUCGGGUUCUCCCUCUGCUGCGUCUCACUGGAGUAAAGUGGUGUCCGAGGCCGAGAAGAUCGUGGGGUAUCCGACCUCGUUCAUGAGCCUCCGCUGUCUGCUGAGCGACGAGCUGAGCAACAUCGCCAUGCAGGUCCGCAAACUGGUUGGGACCAAGCACCCCCUGCUUAACACCGCCAGAGGGCUUGUGUAUGAUAGCCGGAAUAACCUACAGAUGCGAGGUUUGGUCGUAUUGCUUAUUUCCAAAGCAGCUGGUCCCGGCAACACAGCAGAGCUUUCUUUCCAGCAUGACAUGGUCAGCGGGAUUUAUUCCAGUCAAAGAAGUCUGGCAGAGAUUACAGAGCUGAUCCACACUGCCUUUCUGGUGCAUCGUGGGAUAGUAAACAUUGGCGAGCUGAAGUCCUGUGAUGGCCUACUGAAGGACAUGCAGUUUGGAAAUAAAAUAGCUGUCCUGAGUGGAGACUUUCUUCUAGCAAAUGCUUGCACAAGCCUAGCUCAGCUACAGAAUACUAAGGUUGUGGAGCUCAUAUCAAGUGCAAUUGGUGACUUAGUGCAAGGAAUAUACUAUGACAAUUCUAACUUAUCAGAGCAAAACUGUCUUACACAUGAUAUUGGAAUAUCAACUUGGAAAGAACAGAUUUUCCUAUCCCAUAGUGCCUUGUUGGCAAAGAGCUGCCAGGCUGCAAUGGAAUUAGCAAAGCAUGAUGCUGAGAUCCAGGAUAUGGCAUUUCAAUAUGGAAAGAACAUGUCUAUGAGUCAUAAGCUACACUCGGACCUCCAGCCAUUUAUUAAAGGAAAAUCUAGUGACUCUGUGGCUUUUAGUUUAAAUUCUGCUCCUGUAGUCCUGCAUCAGGAGUUCCUUGGAAGGGAAGCCUGGAUUAAGCAGAUUAGAGAGGCACAAAGUAAAGGGAAUCUAAUGGACUUUACUAAGUUGCAAGAAGCAAUCAAGGCUGGCAAAGGUGUGACUUCAGCUAUUGACCUAUGUCAUUACCAUGGAAACAGAGCACUGGAGGCCCUGGAGUGCUUCCCUCCCUCUGAGGCCAGAUCUGCUUUAGAAAACAUGGUUUAUGCUGUGACCAGAUUUUCAUGACAUACAAUUCAAGAAAUAAACUGUUCGUUUGCAGAAAACAACUAGAUGGAUAUUGGCUGGGACAAGGAAAAAAUAUCCUGUAUUUUUAAAAGAACUAAAUUUGUUAGUUGCCUUUUCUUUCUUUUUUUUUUUUUUGAUCGUUUACCACAUUGCUGAAUGAACAUGCGUUCUUUGGAACUGCUAUAAACAAAAUUAGGGGAAAAAGGUCAAACACUUUUCACUUGUCAUGCCAGAAGCAUACUUGAGGCUGCACCAGUAGAAAUAAUUAAUGAGACUCACUUCUGUGACCUCAGCAAAUGGACAGGAAAUAAGUCCUUAUUGAUUGGACAUAGCCAGGGAUGGCGCCAAUGUGGUGGCCUGUGGUUUUCCUGCACUAGAGAGGACAGAGGGGGGCCUGAAGCUGCAGGUGUCAGGAGAAACACUUUCUAAAAUUGCCAGAGAGAGGGCUGUUUAAGUCAAGAAUUAAUGUACCAAUUUAUCAACAUGAAGGGCAGUUCAGGGAAUUAAUGAGGAAAAAUCCUUUAUCUGUCUACAUGCAGCUAUGUCUCCUCACACUGUUUUUAUGUAUUCAAAUGUAAAAUUACUCUGUGCCUAAUGCUUUCAGUAUUUGAGAAACUUGCUGAGAAUGUGUCAAGUGUGGUAAGUAGGAGCUUUAUAAUAUUUAAUCAAAUAUUAAUUUAGCUCAGUUAAGAGAAUUGAUUGCCUGUGUUUUUAUACUGUAUGUAUAAAAUACUUUGCUCUGGCUCAAAGAUAAGGUUUUCAAUGCUUUCAGGAAAAAAAUCUUUCCCCCAGAUCAAGCAAUUUGUUUCAGCGCAAUCUUACCCUAAAUAAUUUCCCAGAUUUAUGUGACACUUGUUUUCACUUAAGUCAAAUAAAUGUGAAUUUGUAAUGUUCAGCAUCAAUCUUUUGGCAGAAAUGAGUGUGGAACAGUCUUCUGUUAGCACAGGUUUUUUACUCUUCUGAAUAAAUAUAUAGUACAUGAGAAGUUUUUUUUUAACCUUAGUGUGUCAGAUUUUAAAUCCAAUUACAGAAAAUAUAAGGUAUAUCAGAAGUCUGCAAUUUCACACUGUCUCUAGUUUGUUCAUAGGAGAUGAUUUUUGUGGUUUGCAUGCAUGCAAUCUGAGAACUUCGUUGACAAGAAGGCUGAGUUUACAUAAAUGAUCUAGAUUGAGACUCAGCUACCUUUCUUCCUUCUGUGGUGUAAUUACAGACCAAUCUGGAGACAGCUAGCACAGCAAACAGAUUUCAUUACAUCGCUCACUCAAACAUUAAGUGAAGUUAUUUCUGUUAAAUUUUACUCCUCCUCCCGGCAAAAAAGUAAGGUGUCACAAAGCUUUUUUUUAUCACGGACCAGCAUGUUGCAUUCAGUUGAAAGGAAAAUAUAAAGCUACAUGUGUUAAAGUUCUCUCUCUGUGUGUGUGCGUGUGCGUGUGUGUGCGUGCACAGUGUACUUGCGACAUCAGUGUACUUCCUCAGAUUUAUACAAGUGCAGUUUCAAUGCCUUUGACAGUGAACUGAAUUCUUGGAGCAUUUUAUUUUUAUUCUUAAAAUCUUUUUACUUCCUUACUAAAGUUCAGUUAAUUAGUAAUUCUAUUCAACUGUGUAUAAAUCAGACUUAGUCUUAAAACAUUACGUUUUGUAAGAGCCACAUGUUGCUUUCUCCUUACCAUGAGCCUACUUUUUAAUUUAAAUGCUUCAUGGUAAUUCAGGGGCUGAUCUUGCGGGAAGCUGAGGGACUCCAGAGACAUCCUGAGUCCUUUCAACUCCCCUUGAUUUCCACUGACAACGCUCAGUAGCAUGGAAGAAACAGGCAGCAUAUUACGGGAUGGGCAUAUGUUUCUUUUCCUGAAAGUACAACUUUUAUCAACAUCUCCUUACUGAAGACAAAUAAAGAAAACUAAAUAGUAGUGAUAUUGUAGACAGGUAGCGUCAUUGGUUGAAUUGGUGAAAAUGAACAGUCUCCUACUAAUGCCUUUGUAAUAAACAGAUCUGUGAUAUCUUCCAGUAACUCUUUGGAAGCAUGAUUUUUUUGUUGUUUUGGAUCCUUCACGGAUACCCUACACUGAACCCUACAGGCAAAACAUAUGAACUAUAGGACUGGAAGUGAUAACCUCUUGGUCAUCGAGUCAAGUUCCCUAUCACAGGCAAUCCAGUCAUAUAAUCCUGUUCAUAAAUUUAUCAAGCUCCAUUUUAAAGGCAGUUACGUUGUUUGCCCUCACUACUUCUAUGGAAAGGCUAUUCCAGAACAUCACUCCUUUGAUAAUUAGAAACUUUCUUCUAAUCCCCAAUCUAAAUUUCAUUCAUGGCCAGUUUAUAUCCACUUGUUCGUGUGCCAACAUCAUCCUUUAGCGAACAGUCACUGCUGAGAAUUAUCAUGAUUUCUGUACUCUUAGAAAUACAUAUUUCUGUUUCUGAUGACUUCUUCCCCACAUUUUGUGGACCAGGAAGGCUCAUCAGUUUUUUCCCGUCAACACCCUUCCCCUGUUCUGCCCACCCACAUCCUGAAGGCCAUGUGUUAUAAGCAUCAUCCUUUGGCUGAGGAGGGUUGGAGAAGCAUAGCUACCUCCAUAGUUCUAGUCACCAGUUCAGGAGUGAUGCUUAGAAUGAUCGGUGCAGAGCUACAUGAAGCUCUAGUAUAUUUUGGAUGCUGUAUAAGAAAUAAAAACAAUGAAGCAUUCCAUAUGCUAUGCUCCCAGAGAAAGAAGAGAGACGGAACUAAUGUCAGAGGACAGUUUAGAAUGACCAUUUGUUAUGAAACCAAAAAUAAAGUGUAAAGCUAGGGAUAUAAGCCCUUUAUAUAUUGUCUCCUUUCCCCAUCCUCAUAUUCUGGCAUAGCAAUUAGGCUGCCUCUGUUUUUGUCAUCUUUUCCUAGUCUUCAGCAUCACUGCAAGUGAAAGCACCAGCACCUCAUGACAGAAGUACUUCACUUUAGUUGAUACCCCUAUGUCACUCUUCCUGAGUUGUAUCCUAACUACUGUAUUGCAGGUGCCACUUUACAGUUAGGCACAAAACCAUAGCUAAGCCACAUUAUUGUCUCUCAACAAACUACACUUCUUACACUAACUUGUGCCCCAUCAAGAAGCAUGGUCUCAGUGAUUAAGCUGGCUGUGCCACAGAUUUGCUGUGCAACCUUGUGCAAGCCAGUUAACCUCUAGGUCUGUUUCUCCACCUGUAAAAUGGGGACAGCUAUGUAUUGCAAGGCUGUGAAGAUUAAUUCUUUAAUGUUUGUGAUCAUUGGGUGGAAGUUGCUAUACAAUUGGCAAGUUAUUAUUCUAAUGAAACCAUAAAAUGGCACUUCUUUGGGGUGGCAUUGUUCCCAUCCUGGCAGCUGAGGGAGGGGAGCUGUGGACUUUCUUUUCCCCAGCCUUGUGAGAAGGAUGUUGGAGUGGGGAAUCUCCCUCUAGCUGUUGUUGGGGAGAGGGUCAGCUUCUCCUAAUUAUUUUCCCUUCCACUUCACAUGAAGGAUUUCCAGUGAUUCUGAGCUGUUUGGGCUUCUUUGCACUGAACACACCUUUGAUCAACUGGUGCGUAAAGUCAGGCAGAAUGAGUGGAGCACGUGGUAUUCCAGUUUUGGGGGUUUGUUUUUUUUAAUAAAUAAAAUAAAAGGUCAUCUUCCCCCUUUUAAACUUAGACCAAAAGUUAGACAGGGCAGGACUUGCUCUGUGAUAUUCCCUCCAUUUUUUCAUGUUUCAGAGUAACAGCCGUGUUAGUCUGUAUUCGCAAAUUUCUUUGAGCAGAUUGUGUUUCCUUUUUGUGCUGUAAUGUAAAUUGUGCUGUCAACAGAUUUGCCAAGAAGGACACUACUGCGUCAAAUCACUGGUUGCUAUUGCUGCUCAUCAACUAGUGGAACCUCAGACAGACCCUUUGAGAGAAACCUGGGGGUACACCAUGUUCAUUGGGGGGCCCCAAUCCCUCCCAUUUCACUUUAUUUGCACGGAUGUUAUAUUUGUUUUGGGGACCCCCCUGAGUUCAGGGCCCCUUCAGUUGUCCCUCCUUCCCCUCCUCUCCUCAGCCCUGACCUCAGAGAAGAGUGAGGUUUUGAGCCCAUUGUACUCUUCAAAAGCUUCCAGACACUUCAUCUUUACAGUGUGUAAUGAAAUACAAAGCUAAGAUCUUUGCAGUCUCUCAGUCAACAAGCAGUUCAAAGGAAGAAGUAUUUCAAGAAGUAGUUAGUUCUGACAAUCUUUUCAUCAGACUCUCACAAUAUCCUUUCCUAACCCAUUCCAUAAAUUGUAUUAGCUAUUUAAGGGAGCCAGGGGUCAUGGAUUUCUCCUUCAGAAUAAACUUGGUACUGUAACAUCCUUGUUUUCUGAAUGACAUUUUCCUCUAGAAUUUUGAUCCCACUUUGGUAACUCCCUUAGAAAUAACCUAUGAUAGAUUAACUAGAGAAAACAUAAUUCGCCCAUAUGACUUUAAAUUAUAAAAAAAAAGUUUGACACAAUUAAGAAAUUGGCAACUGAUAGCAGAGGCUUCAUACAAUCACCUGUCUUUUCUCUUCAAGCAUUUGUGUUUUUGCCUGACCCUGCCCAGAGCUCCCUUAAACUUGCUUCAGAAAUCAAUGACAUCUUCUGUAUUAGCCGGAGGAAUGCUUUGGGUCCCCCAAGUGUAGGAGAUUCCUUCUCUCUCCUACCUGUUUUAAAUGGAGAUUUGUAUUCCUUCAUUUCCUGUGUAACCAUCUUCAGAAUGUUCUUUAUGGGAGUUUUUAACUGUGGAGAUAAAAAGAGAAACAAACUUACCUUGUUCUCUCGUUCUUCAAAACAGAACCAAAGGCAGCAUGCCACCUUAGUAUUUACCUAAUUCUGGGAAAAUAGAACAAUCAGAAAGAGAAGUGUGUGGACCAUUAUUUUAAAGUACAGCUCUUUUUGCAUGAUGAAAUUGCUGUUCCCACUGCAGUUACCAUACAGUAAAUGAACCAUUUUUCAAUAUGUUCUAGGGGAUUGUGGCCCUUAGUUAAUAAAUAGAAUGACCGGGGAAUUGCCCCAGUAAUAAUUUUAAUAAACUUAAUUUCACAAUUAAAUAUAGCCCUUUUUAAAAAAAAAAAAAAGGUAUUUUGGUUUCCAGUACAAAAGUUUAGGAUAAGCUUUCGUGCUUCACGGAGCUCCUCGUCUUCAUCUCAGAAGAAGAGCUCUGUGAAGCUCAAAAACUUCUCUUCCACCAACAGAGGUUGAUCCAAUAAAAGCUAUUACCUCACCCACCUUGUGUGUCUCAUUCCUUUUCAUAUCCAGAAUACAAUAUUUUACAACUAGAUGGUUGUUUCUUUUGGCAUCUUGUGGCAAAAUACUCCAGAUGAGAUAUUCAGAUUUAUUUAAAAGCAUGUACUGGAUGCUGUCAUAUAUGUAGGACUAAUUAGCAAAAAAAUCUGAAACACUUAGGGAUAACAAAGAGGGUGAUCCGUACCCACAUGGUGGCAUGAAUGCCUGUGUUUUAGAGAGCUUUACUUAUGAGGUUUUCUGUAGACUGGCUUCUGCAAAGCAAGGGCAUGAUUAGGAAAUGAACCAUUUCCCAUCUUGGCUCGUUUUGAUGAAAGCUCUCCAACUUGCACAUUGUGUCUGAGCAUUUCUUCAUUCAUAGCAUGUGCCCAACAUAAACUGUUUUCUGUUUGCAGCAUUUCAGAUGUACUAUUUAUAAUCUAGUUAAACAAUGCCAACUAGAGGCAGUAAAAGGUGUGUAUUUCAUAUGCAAAUUACUAGCAAUAAUUUUGUACAAUUAGACUUAGUUGUUUGCAUCAUUAUGUUCAGCACCAGCAUAAAAAAAUGGGUGUAAUGGGAGAACAUUAUUAAAAAAACAUGGUUUUUGUCUGCAUUAGUCAGACUUUUCUCCAGCUUAUCAAACAACUUUUUGUUUUGUGGGCAAGUAAACUUGUUACAUUUUUUAAAGUGUGUGGAUACACAGGACUUACGAAUGUAUCUUCCCCCAACCCCAACACACACACUAUAUCCACACUUAGUAGAAUUUUUUUUUAAGUAUAUGAAUCUUCAGCAAAAUAUACUUUUUCAGGCUAGUCUGAGCUAUUUGAAAGUGGGGAAUGGAAUAAGAAUAGGUGCGUUCUCAACAGUAGUGUCAGUACUAAUACUGCUAUAAGUUGGAGCUGGUUGGAAACAUUUUUUGACAAAUUUUUCAUGAAAAAUAGUUCAGUUUUCCAACCAGCUGUAUUAAAUAUAAUUUGCUUAAUAGCACUAGUUACAGUUCUGUCUAGUCUUCUAUUAUAAACCCCAUAUUUUCACUGCUCAUAACUUUUUUGGAAGCAUUUUUUGGCUGAAAUUCCCAUUGGCCUUUCUCCAAAAGUGAUUUUUUUGUGUUUGAGGUUGGGUAAAAUCUGUUCACUUUUUUAGACAUGAGGUUGAGAAAAUCAUACUUUUUUACUGCCAUAAAAUUUUUUUUUUUAAUUUGUAUAAAAAUUGCAAGCCAACACUCUGGGUUCUCACUAAAAAUUAAUCUUCAAUUUAGCAAAAUUAAUUUUAACAAAUGAAGUGUUUAAACUUAGAUUUUUUUGUUAAAUUAGUAUGAAACUACACUGUAAGACUAAGAGGAGUUAUUAAUUACCUAGGGAAUUUCCUAAAAGAGAAAAAUAUUUUCUCCCUCCUCCGACUGUUGAUCUUUUUCCUAUUUGUGUCCAGUUUCAUUGUUUCAUAUUUACAGAGCUCUGUGCAGCCUGGUAAUCAGAUAACAGAGUACAGAAUGUCUAUUUUAUAUUGCAACCAUUUGUUUUCAAUUGAAUACUUUACACAGGUCUACCCUGAAAUUUCUUGUGAACAUUGUUUCUGCCAUAACUGGGUAAAAAAUAAAAUGCUACUUUCAGAUA